AUGAUUGGCCAAACCGCCAACUUCCAGUCACGGUCGCUCAAUUGGAAAACCGUCUUGUUCCUUAUUGCGUCAUCCAGUUCCGUAACCAUGGCCAUAUACUUGGGAGUAGAAAUCUACAAGGCAUCCUCCGAUCCAGACGAUGCCAAACCACGGAACGUGUUUCUUCCAUUAUGGUUCAGCUUUGACUGGCCCUAUCAACGCAGGUAUGCAUUUCCCACAUACUUAAAAUACAUUGACAUGCCGUAUUUCCUUGAGGUGGAAUCGAGUCCAUCUUUUGAGGAUACCCUUCAGGAAAAGAGCAUUCAGUAUCAAGUUUUGGAUGGACUUUUCCGUCUGGCGGUCGUAAGGGAUCUCUUUGGUAUUCCGUUGUCAUUGAAGUCUCAAGAAAACGAUACGUUCAAUAUCUGGAUCGAACCAAAGUAUCCGACAGUGCAUGGACCACAGGUUCGCUUCGAAAAACAAGAUGGGAAACUUCAAAUUUCAUGGCAGUGGACAAUCAAGCUGCUUCACUGGUCUGCAAUCGACACAUUUCUCACUGGAAUGGGGAAAAAACUCGAUCGUAUGGAGAAUUCAGACGCUCUGGCGAAAACUCAUGAAAGAGGUAGCGGAAGAGUACACGAAGUGGUGCUUCCCACGGAUAGGAAGCUCAGAUUGGAUGUUUGUGGAGACAAAGAUUAUAAGGUUGUGUUUCAAGGAACGUUUCAUGUGAGUCACUUGUCGGAAAAACCGUGUGGACUCGUAGGAUACACGGGAGUGAUUGAUUUCAACCAUUUGGGUAUUUGCCAGGGUGCUCGCAUCGUUAAAUUGGACAUGGUCGUCGAGGGAGAAGAGGGAGAGACGCUCUACAUACUUACGUGA